CCAAAGUUAUGACGUGCUUUCGACAAUGUUACCAACGUUAGUGGUUUUAGUUUUCCCAACAUAAAAUUUCUCUAUUGUGUAUAUCCGCGAAGUAGCGAUGGCCGAUACAGCUGCGAGCGAGGUUAAAAAGACGAAGGAGAAGAAAGUAAGGGCCGCGAAACCGAAGUCUCCCGCAACAGACAAACCUGUAAUCACGAAACGGCCCUUCCUGCGACACGGACGUUUAUACGCUAAAGCAGUUUUUACAGGUUAUAAAAGAGGACUUAGAAACCAGCAUGAAAAUACCGCCCUUUUGAAAGUUGAAGGCGCACGUACGAAGGAUGAUAGCUUGUUUUACGUAGGAAAGAAGUGUGUUUACGUUUACAAGGCAAAAAACAAAACUUGUGUUCCCGGAAAACCAAAAACGAAGAAGUCGAAGGUGCGUGCGAUUUGGGGUAAAGUUACCCGUCCUCACGGUUGUACUGGCGCCGUCAGAGCUAAAUUCAAGAGAAAUUUGCCCGGAAAAGCAAUGGGACGUCGUAUCAGAAUUAUGCUGUACCCAUCUAGGAUUUAAGAAAUUCCAAUCUAACUAAUUGUUAUAAAAUAAAUAAAAAAAGUAUUUCUGUUUUUUA